AAUUUUUCUAUCUUUCAUUGUCGAUUCUGUGAGCUUUUUUUGUGUAGUAAAAUCUCUACGAGCUAGGUUGGUUCACUGUGGUGGGAGAAAAUAAGAAAACCCAUGAAUGAGUUCAAAUGCCAUGACCAAGAGCCCUACAAGCUCCAAUCAUAGCACCCCUGAUAACUCUGUUAGGGGUGGCGACAGGAAGAAGAAGUCAAUAAUCCCUAAGAUCUUCAGCUCGAAGAAAAUCAGCAGGGCAGGAUCCAGCGACGACAUUAUUGGAUUAGAUGGCGAAGGACCUUCCCCGGAAGAGAACCAAGAUUUGACCAAGAGAAAAUCGCCGGUGGAUUCGACUGCUUUAACGCACAAAAGCUUCUCCGAAAGAGGGACGAGUCCUGGAAUUGAAGGCCUGAACCUAUCCAACUUCGAGCAGUCCAUAACCUCCACCUCAGAAAUCAAAGAAUUUCGGAUUUAUGUCACAACAUGGAACGUUGGAGGCAGGACACCUGAUGCCAGCCUGAACCUUGAAGAUUUCCUCCAAGUCGAUGAAUCCCCUGACUUAUACGUUUGUGGGUUUCAGGAAAUCGUUCCACUCAGCGCAGGAAACGUGCUGGUGAUUGAAGACAGUGAGCCAGCAGCAAAAUGGCUGACACUCAUAAGCCAAACGAUCAAUAGGACGACGACGACGAACAACAACGUUGUUCCCCCAGGCUCUCCAGUUGUGGGUCAGCUUUCCUCCAAGGCUCAGAACAAGGAAUCGAAGUCCUACAACUUCUUCCAAAAGCCAUCUGUGAAGGUCCUGACCAAAAACCUGAUGGCAGACGCCAACCUACUAAAGAUCUGCAACUGUGCUUCUGAUCUUCCCACAAGAGAGAGGCAGAAGCGUGGGAAAGAGUUCAGUGGGCCACUGACCAUGACCAACCGCAGCAUGGGGAGUCAGGAUUUCGGAUUGGAUGAAGAAUGCCCUCCUAAUGAACCUGCAACUGCUCAUGCUUCCAACACCAACAACCAAAUGGUGUAUAGCCUAGUAAGUUGCAAGCAGAUGGUCGGGAUUUUCCUGUCGAUUUGGGCUAGGAAGGAGUUGGUGCCACACAUUGGUCAUCUCAGGACGACGUCGUGUGGGACCGGGAUCAUGGGUUGCCUAGGCAACAAGGGAUGCAUUGCUAUAAGCAUGUCGUUGCAUCGGACGAGCUUUUGCUUUGUGUGCAGUCAUUUGGCUUCAGGGGAGAAGGAAGGGGAUGAACUGAAGAGGAAUGCUGAUGUUGCUGAGAUCCUGAGGAGCAUUCAGUUCCCCAAGAUUUGCAAGAACCAAAUCAAUCGAGCCCCGGAAAAAAUUAUUGAGCAUGAUCGAGUGUUUUGGUUCGGAGACCUGAACUACAGGAUAUCGCUGAGCUACGAGGAAACAAAAGUCUUGGUUGAAGAGAAUGAUUGGGACACCCUUCUUGACAAGGACCAACUGAAUAUGGAGAGAGAAGCAGGGAGGGUGUUUGAUGACUUCUAUGAAGGCAGGAUUAUGUUUGCUCCCACGUACAAAUACGCACAGAAUUCAGACUCCUACGCUGGAGAAAUUGUGAAGAACAAGAAGAACCGUAGGACUCCCGCAUGGUGCGAUCGAGUGCUAUGGCGAGGAGAAGGGAUGGAGCAAAUGUCGUACGUGAGAGUGGAGUACAGAUUUUCAGAUCAUAGGCCGGUUUGCACAAUUUUCUCGGUUGAGGUGGAAAUGAGCGCUGUAAGAAGCAGCAACAACAAGUUCAGGAAAGGCUACUCUUGUACAGCUCCAAGGGUUCAAUACGAUAAUGACUAACUCCCAAAGACACAGCUUCAAUGGCUACUAGUACUCUUAAUUAGCUAACUAACUAAUACCAUCCCCAAAAACAUAAGAAAAUGGGGUAAAGUCGAAGAAAUCCAAGUUCAAGUUGUAUAAGAAAGGAAUUAGCCGACUUUUAGAGAGAAAAUACUAGAAAAUACCCUCUUGUAACUAAUAUCAAUAGAAGGUUAGGCUAGAGCUUUUAUACACACCUUUUACCAGUAUUCUGUCCAGGGGCACGAGUUAGAAAUCCAUAGAGAGGCGGCGAAGCUCUGCUGGAGCUCGACGAGGAGUCUUCAACAUCGAUGCAUGUAUCAUUGGUGAUGUCUUCCUAUUCUCCUAUGCAUAGCUAGCUCAAAAUUGUUUAGGGAUAUAACUCAUUGAUGCUUGAGUUGAUUUAUUUUUGUAUCAUCUAUUGUUUGAGAUUUUCGAUGCUA